CACUACACCACCAAUGACUUGAUGCAUAGACAAACUGAUUAGGAUGUGGAUGUGUGGUUACUGAAAGUGAAAGAAUUGAUUGGUGAGUCAUUGGAUGAUGUAUGCGAGCAUGUGCAAAUCAGUGGGCCGAUGGAAAGAUGAAUAUGUAUAUGUGACUGGGUGGGUGGGUUUUCUGUCAGAUCCAGGUUCUCCGACACAAAUUGGGCUGUUACAUGUCACCGUCAAGAGAUCUAAUUUUCAUUCUUGGAGCCUGUCAUGUCCCACCUGGCCCGCAAAUGGCCACAAAAAUAAUUCAUUUUAUCGUUAACGGGAAAGUGGAGCGAGCAGAGUUUGGAGCAGACUGCACGGCUGAAGAUGUUAAAGACCUGUUCCGUGCAGCAGCACAGGCCUCUCCUCAUCACAUCCUGAAGCUGUACAAAUCAAACGGCAGUGUGGUGAAUAUCUCGCCCAUGCUGGAGUCCAACAGCCAGGACUCAUACUACCAGCUGGAAGUGGUGGCAUCUGACCUUCAGAGCAUUGCUAUAACGACUGAUGUGGGCAACAUGGAGCAGAGGCUGUGUCACCUGGAGACCAAAGCCCAGGAAGAUGCAGGCAAAACUCCAGAAAUCAUCAGUGACCUCAAGAGUCAGGUGGAUUCUUUCAAGCGAAAGCUUGAGGUUUGUAAUCCUGCUCAGAGUCUGCGUCUGCCUGCAUGCAUGAGAGCUGAAAUGUUUGCCACUUGUCAGAGCAUCAAGCACCUGAGCUGGAUGGGUCUCUUCAGGGAUGAGUGCCCCCAACAGCUUUCCAAGUUCCCACCGAAAGCCAAAGUGCCUCAGGUGAACAAGGAAGAGGAGCACCGGGAGGUUCGCAGGAAGUUCCUCAACAUGAGCUCGCUGCAGGUGAUAGAAGAAGUGAGAGAGCAUCUGAAAACUCCCACUUUUGACAAUUGGCAAUGGGAGGAGCCAGAGAUGCUGGUCCUCCUCCAAAUGAUGUUCACCGACCUGGACUUCCUGACGGUGUUCCACUUUGAGGUGGACAUCCUCCAGAACUUCCUGUUUGAGGUCUACUGCCACUACAACAACAUUCCCUUCCAUAACUUCCAGCACUGCUUCUGCGUCACGCAGAUGAUGUACGGGCUCAUUUGGCUAACAGACCUCAGGAACAAGUUGGAUCCGAUGGACCUUCUGAUCAUGCUGACCUCUGCUCUGUGCCAUGACCUCGACCACCCCGGCUACAGCAACGUCUAUCAGAUCAACGCCCAGACCGAACUGGCCCUUCGUUACAAUGACAUCUCCCCGUUGGAGAACCACCACUGUGCAGUCGCCUUUAGCAUCCUGGCCAAGGAGGACUCCAACAUCCUCAAACACGUGACCACAGAACAGUACAAACACAUUCGAGCAGGAAUGAUCAAGUGCAUUCUGGCCACCGACAUGGCGAGACACAAUGAAAUCCUCAACAAGUUCAAGAGCAUCCAGCCCGUGUUUGACUUCAGAAACAGGGAUCACACGGAAGUGCUGAUGAAGAUCAUGGUGAAGGUGAGCGACAUUUCCAACGAGGCCAGGCCAAUGGCGGUGGCCGAGCCCUGGCUGGACUGUCUCCUGCAGGAGUUCUUCAACCAGGGCGACACAGAAAAACUCAAAGGGCUUCCAGUGACUCCAUUUAUGGACCGCGACAAAGUGUCCAAGCCGUCCUCACAGACCAGUUUUAUUCGUUUUCUCCUGUUGCCGCUCUUCACAGAGCUCACUAAGCUGUUCCCCUGUCUGGAGAAACAUAUUCUGGAGCCAGUGAGGCAAGCCUUGGAGUACUAUUCGGACUUGGAGAGAGCCACCCAGAAGGAGGCAGCGGCCAGCAAACCCUGAUGAGCAAGACAUCACAAUUCUGUUUUAGCAAACGUGUGACCGUAGCUCAUGUUUACAUAAUCACACAACCCAAGUGCUUAGCAUAUUCAACGUCAGCUCAACAUUUUAUUUUCUGUAACUGCAUUUACAUGUUCGAACCAAAGUGCAAAUGUCUGAUAAACCGUUUAAAUUAA